CGACAAUUUCCGCGAGACAUCCCAACGUGAGAAUCCGUUGAUCGGUGUAGGUUAUAUGUCCGGCGUCAUCAGCUAUGUCUGUUCUGUGUUAUAACAAAGGUUGUGGGCAACGUUUUGACCCAGACAACAACCCAGAGGAUGGGUGUACCUACCACCCUGGAGUUCCAGUGUUUCACGACGCUUUGAAGGGUUGGUCCUGUUGCAAGAGACGCACUACUGACUUCUCGGAUUUCCUUAGCAUUGCUGGCUGCACUAAGGGUUGUCAUAACAAUGAGAAGCCUCCUGAGCCAGUAAAGCUGGAGGUGAAGUCUUCUGGAGAGAAGAAAGAACCGGAAGAUCUGAAGCCCCGGUUUGAUGAAUAUGUCAUUCAAGCUCCUAAACCACUGGAAUUUAUCCAGAGACCCAGUUCUGAUGAGCCACUUAUGGAACUACAGAAGAAGGUCUCUCUCUCCCUUCGACAGGCACUUGAGAAACUCAAACUGGCAGAGACCAGUCAGAAUGCAAAGAAAGAAGAAGAGGAGGAUAUUGAGGUAAAAAUUGGAACAGCAUGCAAAAAUGGAGGCUGUUCUAAGACUUUCUGUGGACCAGAAAGUGAUGAGGAGACAUGCAUGUAUCAUGUAGGAGUUCCAAUCUUCCAUGAGGGGAUGAAGUACUGGAGCUGCUGUCGUAGGAAGACAUCGGAUUUUAACACUUUUCUGUCCCAAGAGGGCUGUAGUAAGGGGACUCAUCUAUGGAAGAAUGCUGAUGGGAAGAAAGUGGUGCCAUGUCGGCUUGACUGGCAUCAGACUGGAGGUCAGGUGACCAUCUCUAUCUAUGCUAAGAACGCAAACCCUGAGCUAUGUUUCGUACAGGCUAAUAGCACUAUGGUGGGUAUCAGUGUGAUAUUUGAAAGAGAGAAGGAAUUUGAGCAGAAGAUCAGUCUGUGGGGGGUGAUCGAUGCCAACAAGAGUUUUGUUAACAUGAUGGCUUCCAAAAUCGAGAUCAUCUUGAAGAAGGCGGAACCUAUGUCAUGGGCUCGGCUAGACCUGCCCCCACUGCCUCCUUCGGGCACCAAAGAGAAUGAAGAUGCAGUGAAGGAGUCUGUGUAAACACAACAGCAACAAAACCCCCCACCCAUAAGAGUGUUAUCUUAUUCCUUCAAGUUGUAUAUUAUUACAGACCUAAAUCGCACUGAUGCACCAGACUGGCACCAUGUGCAGAGGGUAGUGCCCCACCAAAUAGAAGAGGGCGAGAGAUCAGUACAUCUGUGCAGGCACAGUUCACCUGCUAUGAGUCUCUCUCCAGCUAUCUCUUAAUCUUUCUCAUAUGUGCUGCUGCUCUUCUCUCGCUCGCUCGCUCUCAAUCAUUCUUUCGCUUUGACUCUCCAUACACCAGCUGAAUAAAACCACUUGGAGAAGAAAAAGACGACAUCUUAAAGCCUUCAUGUGAAGCCUUAUGACUGCUACUUUGUAAAGGUUUUAUCCAAGUAGGCUUAAUCCUUUACAAUUAGUUUUUUUCUGUUCCUGUGGAACUUGUAGAGCUCUAGAUCAUUCUUCUCCUGAACUAUUGUCACUUUACAGGAAAUAUCUGCACACUCCCCCUCUUUGUUAUGCUUCCUUCAUCUUUAUUUAUAUUUUGUUGUAACAUGAAUAAGGGUGGUGGUAUUUAUUUAUUUUUUUUUGCUUGCCUUGACUGCCUGUGAUGCCCCCUACUCUCAGCUCACGCAAGCUCACACACAUUCUCAAAAAGCUCUUUGCCUUAAAUAAAUCCGUGAAUCCUC